CAGGAAUCAACACUGAGGACCGAGAGUUCGAUUUGACAUGGAGUGAAUAUUUCAACAGAAUUAAAAAUGAAGGAGAAGGAUUCAGUGACCCACAGAGCGCAGAAAGGUAUGAAAGAAGGGGGCAAACACUGUCCUCAGGAGCUGAGGAUUACCCUCCUGGGUCAUGACUGGCUGGAGAAGAGUUUAACAGGUAAUACCAUCCUCGGUCGACAGAUGUUUGAUAUCAGCAGAGAUAUGAAGAUGUGCGUCCGGAGACAGGGUGUUCUUGGCAAUGGGCGUCAAGUCAUUGUGGUCAGCACCCCUCAAAGGUGGAUCCACUACUCUGUCCAAGACCCCAACCAAGUGAAUGAAAACAUGGCAACCUGCAUGUCCAUGUGCCCGCCAGGACCUAAUGCCUUUCUCACAGUCAUACCCAUGAGCUCUCACCGAGGCAAGGAGUGGACAAUUGAGGGACCUCUGGAACUGCUUAAUGACACAGUGUGGAGAAACACAAUAGUAAUAUUCACCAGAUCUGUGAGACAGAAAGGAGAGCCUGUGGAGGGAUUCAUUGCAAGACAUGGGUUUCUCAAGGCAGGUUUGGAAAAGUGUGGAAAUAGGUACCUUGUUCUAGACACUUGGGAAAAAGGUGAUGGCACCCAGGUUGCAGAGCUUUUGGAGAAGAUCGAUGCAAUGGUAAUAGAAAACGCAAAGGCAGGAGGAGCUGGUUAUGUGACUACAAAUGAGGAAGUCUCAAGAGUAACUGAGACGGAAAGGAAAGAAGUAGAAGAGAGGGUGACUUUGAGGCGAAAGAAUGAGCAGACGGCCAGAAGUACACUCAGAUCUCUAAUGGGGGAGUACCCUCCAAUUUCUAUGCUUCGCCUUCUGAUUGUUGGACCAAAGCAGGUUGGGAAGAGCUCAGCUGGAAACAUCAUUCUUGGUGAUGAAGUCUUUCAAGCUGGACAUCCAACGUCCCAGUGCAUCGAGAGACAGGGCGACGUUCACCAAAAGCGAGUCAGUGUGGUUGACACUCCUGGCUGGAAUGGGAGAUACCGCUCUGAAGACACUCCACAGGAGGUGCAACAGCAGAUUACCCACAGCGCAUCUAUGCAUGCUCCUCAUGCUGUCCUGGUGGUUGUACGCAGCGACGAGACCUAUACUGAAACAGACUGGCUGAAAGUGGAUGAACACUUGAGAUUCCUGGGAGCUUGGGUGUGGACUCGAGUCAUUGUGCUGUUCACGUGGGGAGACAAACUGGGCAACACUCCCAUUGAGGACCACAUUGAGAGAUGGCCUGCCUUGCAAAGGUUGGUUGACAAAUGUGGGAACAGAUACCAUGUUUUUAAUAACGCUGGAGACACUCAGGUGAGUGAUCUGCUGGCGAAGAUUGAGGAAACAAAAGUGAGCAAUGAUACCGAAUACUUACUGAGUAUUUUCAUGAAGGCAAAAGGAGAGAAUGAUCUCCUGAAGCAAACAGUCGAGGAGAAGGAGAGGAUAGAAGAGGAAAUGAUUAAGACAGAUACAGAGAAAGAUACACAGAUUGAAGCUCUGAAGGUGACAGUAGAGAUAGAGAGGCAGGCAGAAGUGAGCCAAAAGAAAGACCAUGAAGAGGAGAUUCGUAUAAAAUUAUUGGAGGCUGAGAGGAAGAACAACCAGCUCAAAGAAGUCACCAUACAGAAAGAUAAAAUGAUCACAAGCCUGAGUGAAAGAUGUGCUGAGAAAGAUGAUGUGAUAAAAGCAAUGAAGCAAAGCAGUGAGGUGAAAGAAGCAGUGCCAAAGGAACCAGAGCAAGAGAUUGCAGCCUCUAAGAAACAACAUACGAUGGCGAAUCACAAAAGUGAAGCAAUAUUGCUCAAAAAGACAAUUGAAGAGGUGAAGAGAAACAAUGAAGAUACAAAAAAGGUGUUGAUAGAAACUAUUGAAGGGAUGCAGAGACUCGCACAGAAAAAAGAAACUGACACUGUGCACUUUGACAAAAGUGACCGCCCCACAUUAAUGACACCCCUCAAGACACUGGAGGACCUCAGGAAACAGCAGGAAUGGGCGUUCACAGUACUUUCGAGUCACCAUGAAGACACCACCAAACCCAUUACAGAGACAGGAAGGACAAAUCAGAAAGAGCAGGACACUGACAUCAUGCUGCCACAUGACAAGAGAGAGACCACAAACAAAGUGUGGCAACCUGAAGCCAACUGGACUCAGUCAUUCCUGAGGGUUGGAGGUACUGCACUCGGGGCUGCAGUUGGGGCGCUUGCUGGCUACUACAGAGUCAGUAGUAGUCAGAUGAUCACCCGGUCAGCUAUCGGGGCUGCAGGAGGGGCUCUGCUGGGGAAUUUACUCAUCCAGAGAGCCUGGCCCCAGCAGAGGAAAAUGGGGUCAGACACCAGCUGCGAGUCUCUACCAUGAGGCAUCUGAGACAUCAAGGACAUAAAAUUCUUGAUUACGACCACAAUAAAUGAACAGGGGCAAUAGUAUGUAUGGUUUAAGUGUCAAUCUAUACAUAUAUCUAGCUAGAUUAUUGCUUAUUCAGAUUUUUCAGAGAUUUGUAAAUGUAUGCAUUUUUGGUAAUGAUCAGACUCACAACAGCCUUUUACAAGUUUUAAGAUACACAUCUUCUUUGUCACUUUAUUAUCAUAAGCCUUCAUCACUGUCCUUGUACUCACUGCAAGCAAGUACCCCCGCCCCUUUCUACUAGGGCUGCAAAACGAUUAUUUUGAUAGUCGACUAGUCAACGAUUAUUGAAACGAUUAAUCGACUAAUCGGAUCAGUGGUGGUUCUAGCUUGUAAGGCACCCCGGGUGAACUCCCCUUCAGCGCCCACCAUAUAUAUAGGUCGAUAGAUAGAAAUAACCAUAAAUACCAAAAUGAUAUAUAAUCAUGAAUACAAAAAAUGAAAUACAAGGGAUAGAAACAAUUUUUGUAUAUACAUAGAAGUAAGUUAUUUGAAUUAUUAAGAAUUAUAACAUAUUGCUAAUAAAAGUAAACUGCAGAAAUGCUAUAUCACACACAAAUAGAACAACACAUUUAUAAAUCAAUAUUACCAUCCUCUAGCAGUGUCAACCAAGAGUCAAGACUAAACCAGUUCACCUUGGUGGUGUGAAGACUGAUUUUACAUUAUUCUUAAUGAUUUUACUCACAACCCAGAAAAAAUACAACAAUGUCUCUGUGAAACUACAUAUUCACAGUUUGAACUGUGGUUUAUUUGUGACUGAUUUUAAUGUUUGCAUUAUUAGGCUACCAUACAAAUUAUGUGCUAGACUCCUCAGUGGAGACCUGAGGUCAACCUACUGCUUCUCCUCUCCUACUUCUGACUGAGAUCUCAGCAGGUAGAAGCUGUUAGUUCAUAAACUAGAAGUAGGGCGCGCAGUGUAACAACCUAACCUGAUCCACACGGUGACAUUAUAUCAGACAUAAAUGAGCGAUAGAAAACCGAUUGUUUUUUUUUUGUGUGUGUGUGCACUCCGUGCUGCCCGUGGUAAGAUGCUGGAUGCCCAUACUGCCACUGAAUCGGAUGAAUUACUACAGCACCACAGUGUUAUAUCAAGGUUUCCCAAGGAUUUUGAGACAAAGGUGACAAUAUCUUGAGAACAUGUGGUGUACGGUGUGCACAGUAUCCCGCAGGGAGAGCAGCCUCCAGUUAGCUCCGGGAAAGUCAUCACUGUCCAACACACAGAGGAUGCAGCGUUGUUGAUGUGAGACAGACUGAGCACAGAGUUAUUUUCUUCACCUCAGAGUUGGGUUAAGUUGUUUAAUGCUGCAGUGUGUGUUUUUCAGCUGCUUUUGUUUGUUACUGCUGGAGUUCCCCGCUCCGCAAAGCACGAAAAACACGCCUGAUGACGUAACCGACAAUUAUUGACUAUCGAUUUGUCUUCGAUUUGUGUCGACAACGUCAACAAAUCGUUGCACCCCUACUUUCUACUGUUUGUAUUAUUUCCUGUGCAGUGACAUGAACAAUUCUGUCUGAACAAUCAAUCAGGAUUUCCUGAAACAGAGAUUGAUCCCUCCCUUCCUUCAAAUUGGCUCGAUAUCAGGGGCCCGUUUCAGAAAGCAGGUUUAGUGAAAACUCUGAGUUAGUUAACCCUGAGAUGAGGGAAACUCUGUUUUUUCGGUUUCACAAAGCCAGUUCAGCUUAACUCUGAGUCAAUUACCCCUGGCAACAUACCCUGGCAUCAAUAAUUAUUGAUAGCCAAGUGGUUACUGCGCAUGCCUCCUAAUGACAGUGUCCCUGGUUCAAUUCCUGCGAUUCCUGCAGGUCUUUACCUGUUUCCUGUCAACCUUUAUGCCAGCUAAUAUUAAAUUAAGGUGAAAGUGCCGAAACAUAAAUCUUAAAAAAAAAAGAACAAAGAAAUGUGACUCUUGCACUGAAAUGUUUACACUUUGGUAGUGUUGUAUAUCACAUGUUGAAUGUAGCCACUGAAUGCUGUUUAAUGAGGGCAGGCUAAACAACAUCACAGCUGCUUGUAAUGAAAUUACACCUGACUUGUUUGAGCUAUAUUUUUAUAUAUUUCAUAUUCAGUUGCUGCCAAGUAGGCCUGCGUUUUGUACCUGUUGGGGUCUGCAUGAAUAUUAAAUGUGCCACGCACAAACACAUACACAGAAUAUAAAUGUUGAAUAAGUGGAACACUCAAGACAAUACAAUACUUUAUUUUUUCAUUAAUACUCACACAUUGACUCGGUUGGUAAUUUUCUGCCACGUCAGCUCAUGUUCUUUUGCUGCUGCUACUGUAUUGCUUUUUUUAUACUCAUUAUCUGCAUGCAUUCAUUAAUAUUUCUAACUCCACUGGGGAGAAGUAGGAGGACUGAGCCCUUUGUUUCACCUGUUGACAUGGUGAAUCAUGUUAUCUGUGCUCCAUUGAUGAGGGCUUGGUAUCUCCUCAUGCACGAGCUUCACUCAGAGUUACUUUGACUCAGAGUUGAUUGAACUAACUGUUAUCACCUGUUCUGAAACCGAAAACUCUGAGUUUGACAGCUCAGAGUCGGUCAACCUAGAGUUAAGGUUUUAACUCAGAGUUAGUUAAACCUGCUUCCUGAAACAGGACCCAGAGAGUUUCACAAUCAAAAACACAUCAUAAACAAGAGAUCUGAUGAGUCAAAUUAGAUGAAAAUGUCUGUCCUAGAUUACUGUGGAUGUAAUCAGUAAUUCUGUGAUUUUGAAGUGUAAAGUUUCUUUGAGUGUAAGUGUGCUUCAAUUAACUUUUAAACAUUAAAAACAGUUCAAACCUCAUGCAGAGUACUAGUCAGCCUGUGAAAGCAGUUGUAUAAUGUCUUCUGUAGGUGAUGUCAAUGCUGAAUAAUCAACCCUUAUAACAUGAUCAGUUAUUUCAUCUUUGCAGAGUGUUUUAUAAGAAUAAGAAUAUAUAAAAAUGUAACGGCUGUACUAAUGUUAUGCUAUGAUGUGAAAACUCAAACAUGAGGCACAAAAAAGAGCUCUAAUGUGUAAAAUAAUUAAAAAAGAAAUAUUCUA